AUGUUUAAACCUUUGACAAGUGCGCAACUUUCUGAAAUUAAAGUAUUUUACAAAUUUAGAUAUGUUAUAUCACCAGCAGUGUUAAAGACUAUCUUUGAUAAACUUCGAUUGGAAGACACAUACGGCGAUUGUAAGGACCUGAAAGUGUUAGAUCUAAAUGCAGGCCCGGCUCAGCAGUCUAUCGUGUUCAACAACAGGUUUCAUUGUAAACAACAUCUUCUUAUGGACAAUAGACCUCAAUUUACUAAUUUUUGGGAGAGAAAUCUGAAGAAAUCACAUUUCCAAAUGAGCUCACAAAAUCCUUAUGAUUGGGAGUCUUAUUUGAUGUUAAUAGAUCAUCAAAAAUUAUUUGUCCCAGAAAAACAAUCUAGGGAUCAUAUACAUAAUAAAUUUCUGAUAAUGGGGAAUCUGACUGAUAAAAAGGAAGAAGGAUUACUGAUGCAAUGGUUCAAUUGUGUUGGUCAAAAAAACUGGUUGCAAAGAUUUGGUAGAGUGAAAAUGUUGCUGUGGGUACCUACCAGUAGUGCUAGAAAACUGCUUGCACCAGCUGGAACAACUCAAAGGGCAAAGUGUUCACUUGUAUGUGAAACAUUUACAGAUUCAAAGAUAAUAGCCUUAACACAGGAUGAGGAGUCUGAUUUGUUUGAUCAAAAACUUUUAGAUAAAUUCGAUCCGAUAUGGGUUAAUUAUGCUUCUACACUACCACAGAAAUUUUCAAAAACACAAAAGAGUCCAAUGUGUUUACUGGAGAUCAAUCCACUGGACUUCGAACUAAAUAAAGGUAACUGGGACUAUGUAACUCAACAUUUAAUGAUUCAAAAGAACACACCCUUCUUGGAUGGAGUAGAAGCAUUAGGGCCUGGUGCAAGAGAUUUUUUCACAAAAGAAAUCAAUGACUCCAAUUUCAUGAAGAGAUCCCCAUCAUCAUUUUCCACUGAAGAGUUCAUUUACUUAUCAGAUAUAUAUAACAGAUGGCCAUUCAAACCAGAUAUGUUUAUGAAUUUAUUCAAUGCAAAACAAGAGGAAUAG